CGACAUGACGCGCGCUCUGCGACUCCCGCUGACGUGCGGCGCGCUGGCGGCGGCGGUGCUGGUGUUGUGGCGCGGCCCGGGGGCGGCCGCCUCCUCGCCGUGGCGGCCCGUCGCAGGCCUGCUGUCCGGCGUGGCGGGGGCGGCGGGCAGCGGCGCGGACGCGGCGCUGGGCGUCGUGGGCGGCGUCGGCCGCGGCCUCGCCGGCGGAGUCGGUGAAGUCCAAGGAGUUGGAAGGAAGUUAGUGAAAGGAGCUACGUGGGUGGCGGGCGCGGUGUCUGGAGAGACGGCGGGCCGCUUCCUGGAGCUGGUGGGCCUCAACAGCACCUGCGCGGGGGAGGCGGAGGCCGGCUGCCGGCGCGUCGUCGACCAGCUGGUCACUGAGUACCUGGACGUCGACGACGCGUCGCUCACUCCACAGGGCAUCUACGAGGCGCUCAAGAAGCGCAUCGUCGUGCACCCUGGCACCAAGUGGUGCGGCGCGGGGAACGUGGCCCGCAGCGAGGACGACGCGGGCGUGCUGGCGGCGACGGACGCGUGCUGCCGCCGCCACGACGGCUGCCCGGAGAACCUCGCCGUCGGCGAGCAGCGCUACGGACUCACCAACACCUGCAGCUUCACCAGAUCCCAUUGUGAGUGCGACCGCGAAUUCUACCGCUGCCUGAAAGAUGCCAACACGCUAGUGUCCCUCAAGGUGGGCGUCAUCUACUUUAGCAUCCUGCGACCGCAGUGCUACGAGGAGACUUAUCCAGUAGCCAGAUGCAAGAGCUAUUCGCUGCUGGGCGAGACGCCGCACUGCAGCGAGUACGAACUGGACAGAAGUGGCGAGCCCCGCUGGCAGUGGCUGGACAACCCGCACUUCUGACGUCAAUACCGGCCGGCGCCAUGUUGGAACUGGCGGCCACAGCUCAACUAACCAUCUCGCAACACUGCUUCAAUCUACAGCUCCGUUACUUGCAACUCUUACUGUUGAGGUUGCUCCACAAUGCCCAAUAAACUUUUUUCUUUAUAAAGAAAA